UUUAUGGAAAUAGUUAGUAUACACUAUUUAAGAAGUCUAUGAGUCUCAUGCACUUGGCUUACGUAACGAGAACGCAUUCAUCAUCACCUCUCCUCUUAACUCUUCACUCUAUACCUCUUUAAGCGUAACCUCCACAAACUCUUCUUUUUAUUUCUCAUUGUUCUAAUCCCCAAAAAAAAGAACAUGCCGGGAAACUAUCACAGCCAAGGAUCCAACGUUGCAGUCAUAAUCUUCACGGUGAUGAUCACGUUGCUGACUUGUCCAAUAAUCAUUAACGCUUCAUCAGAUUCUUCUCCAGCCAACAUGAGGAAGCUGGACGAGGUAGAUCCCAUAAAGUGCUCGCCAAGCUGUAUCCAAAACCCUCCUCCACCAUCUCCUCCACCACCAUCUCCACCGCCUCCAGCGUGUCCUCCUCCCCCUGCUCUCCCUCCACCGCCUAAGAAAGUCUCACCUAACUAUCCACCGCCUCCGCCAACUAAUUUCUUGUAUAUAACGGGUCCGCCUGGAAAUCUUUACCCCGUUGAUGAGCAAUUCGGUGCGGCCGCCGGAAAAAGCUUUACGGUGGUGAAGCUCGCCGGUCUAAUAGGGUUUGGAGUUCUGUGGGUGUUGGUUCUUUGAGAAAUGAUCGGAGAAAAGAGAAAUCGAAGAUUUGUCGGUAUGUUCGGAUACUUUUGAUCAGUUUAUUGAAGAACGUUACUGAUCCUUUGGUUAAUAAUAAAUUUUCUAGGUAGGAUCACGUAUGUUUCAUCAUAUUUUCCUAUAUCCAUUUUUCUAAUGGGGGUUUUAAACACAUUAAUAAGGUGCGUAGACCAAAAUUAUGUUAAGGGUAAUAUGUAAAUUUCUAGAAUGUAUUCUCUUUAUGUGAUAUGUUCUCAUCUCUUUAUCAACUUGCCGUUCGCAUUGA